CUUGCACCACCAUUUAUCUAUACUUAGUCUCAGUCUCUGUUCUCUCUUUCUGAUCUGAUCAUCUGACCAUCUGACUGGUAGCGUCUCUCGGCUGGCAGAUUCCGUCACUUAAAGUGAAUUCCUUCUCCUUUUUUUUUUUGGCUGAUUCGACUUAUUAUCCGAUCCGUCUUGCGGUUACCUUCCUUGUGAUCCCUUCCGGCUCCCUCACUGCAUGGCCACUUCAUCAUGGCCUCAUCACGCUGGUGGCUCUACGUCCAAGCCAUCAUUUGGCGCUUUCUGAUGCGCAUUGGCAUGUUCAUCCAUGACAUUGCUCCUCCCCGCGCACCUCGCCCUUCUUUUGUUCGCUCUAUUCCCGCGGACUCCGGCCAAAUCCACCUUCACUUCUACUGCCCGCCACAGUACACCGCCAGUCGCAAAGAAGGGCGUCGCUUACCCGUGGUCGUCAAUUUCCAUGGGGGUGGCUUUACCCUUGGCUGCCCAACCGACGACAAUCGCUGGGCACAGUGUGUACUUGAGGAGGUCGGCGCCGUCGUCGUCAGCGUCGGGUACCGUCGCGCUCCGGAGCAUCCGUUCCCCGCGGCCGUUGACGAUGGCGUCCGAGCCCUACAGUUUCUAGCCUUCCACGCAGUCGAACUGGGCCUAGAUGUCUCCCGCAUCGCGCUGUCGGGCUUCUCCGCCGGCGGGAACCUCGCCGUCACCGUGCCCCUGCGCUUACGCAGCCUUCUCGAGGAGCGCGACCGAGGCCGCAACAGCAACAGUCCCCCCAAUCUCGGACCUUACGGAUCCACUCAGAAUCUCGUCUCAUCCGCCUCGGCCAGUGACAUCAACAUCGUCGCCCUCUUCUGCUGGUACCCCAUUCUCGACUUCGAAGAGUCGCGUGACCACCGCCGCGCCAUGAGCAUCAACCCUAGUAAGACCCUUCCAUCCUUCUUCACGACGCUUUUCGAUGAGUCCUACUUGCCCGAGCGGGAAGAACGCGUCUCGCCCUAUGCGUCACCCGUCCGGGCCACAGACGAGGUGCUCGCCGAUGCCCUCCCGCGCGACAUCUUCCUGUACAUCUGCGAGUGGGAUAUGCUCCUAAAGGAAGGACAGACGUUUGUGCGUCGGUUGGAAAAAAUCAACAAGCACGUGCGCGCCAUGAUGAUCGAGAAGGCGACGCAUGGCUGGGAUAAGUCGCCCAAUCCGUUCCGCGAUCAAGCUAAAGUCAACAUCCUCUAUCGGGACGCCUGUGCCGACAUAAAGCAUAUCUUCGAUGCGUAGUUUCUCGGGUAGGUCCGGUAGUGUAUGUUCUCUGUACAGUGUAUUUUUCUGCUAUUAUUACCUACACAUU